AGUAAAUUUUCAUACAAUUGAACAUAAUGUUUUGCUGUAUUGCCUAGAAAUAUACUGGAGUAUAGAAAUGAAAAUGGAAAAUUUUGGGCAAGCACAAAAAUGGUAUUGGCAGUUUUAAUAUGGGAAGCAACUGGAAAAGAAACCUUUUCUGCAUUUGGAAUUAAAAAAAGGCCAAUUGUAAAAUUAUUGCUAUAAUAGCGUUGUUGAUUUUCCAAGACUGUUAUUUGUUAAAGGAAGGUAAAUGAAAUCGAUCUUGCGAACGAAUAGUUCUAUGAAUGAGUUAACAAUAUAAUAAUAUGGCGGCGCCCAUGGAUGCAGGUGGUGUUUUCCCUAUUAAAAGUAAACAGGUAGCUGUUGACUUGGAUGGCGAAGCAACUGAAGUACUGUGUUGUCAUUAUGAAGACUACGAUUUCAUCAUAGCUACUCAGCUGAAUAAAAUGGGAACAAUGGUAGAGGUUACAAGGGAUGUAGUUCUCCAGGAAAUAUCAGCGGCCAGACCGUCGUACACAACACGAGUUCUGCUGGGAGUGGAUGAGCCACUUACCCAUGUCAUUGCCAAGAACCUUCUAUCAAAGCUAGAUACCACCAAAAAAGUUCUCUUGUCCUUCUCCCUGAAAGACAACUCACCAAAAGUCAUUCAACGAUUGAGUGAUGUCAUCAAAACAGUUGUAGAGUGACCUCAACAUAAGGGGACAUAAUCUGUAUAGUCCUCACCAAGGAUAGCAGCACUAUCCACCUCUCAAGUGGUGUCUCAAGAACACAUCUGUGUGACACUGGCCAAAGAGAAAGUUCUGUCCUGUCUCUCAGUUGAGGAAAUGCAAGACAUUGAGUUACUGCUCUUGAGUUGUAUAUUUCAUUUCUGUGCAAUACAAGGAAAAUUCUA